AUGAGUUCGGGGCCACCUCCCGGUAUUGAUCUCAAUGCCGACAUUAAGAGUACCGUCAUCAGCCCCGUCGUUGCCUUGAUGGUUCUGUCUGCAGCAUGUGUGGCUUUGCGAAUUGUAGCGAAGUAUACUACUAAUGUAAAACUUCAGCUAGAUGAUUACUUUCUAUUCGCAGCGUUGGUAGGUAUUCGUCUUAAAUUUAUAGCGUGCUACAAAGGAAUUGGGAAGCAUAUCUGGAAUCCGACAGUUCAACUUGAAGAGAUUUUAAAAAUUCUCUGGGCAUACGAGUUUCUCUACGGCUCCGUCAUUCCGUUAACCAAACUAUCUCUCAUCCUAUUUUACUACCGACUAUUCCAUGUUUCGGCCUUCCGCAAAGUUCUUUGGUUUGUCUUGUUUCUUGUUGUUGGCUGGUGGGUUGCGAUUCUUAUAGUUGCCAUCACCCAAUGCCAACCAUACGACUAUUUCUGGAAGCAGUAUGUGGAUCCAACAGCUACCGGACGAUGUAUAAAUAUUUCAGAAUUCUUCAUCGGCAAUGCAGCAGCUAGCGUGGCCACUGAUUUCAUGAUCCUAUUAACCCCGAUACCCAUGGUUUGGAACCUACAGAUGCCUGUUGCACAGCGGCUCAGUGUGCUAGGCAUUUUUUUUCUGGGUGGAUUUGUUUGUGUCGCAGGAGUUGUUCGCAUUGUUGUUUUGCGCGAGAUGUUUAAAUCAGCCGACCUUACGUGGAAUAUGUCCCAGGCGUUUAUUUGGUCAUCGGUCGAGCCAAACAUUGGUAUCGUCUGUGCCUGUUUGCCUACUCUUCGGCCUCUAAUGCGACGAUUCAUACCCAAAUGGUUUGCCGGCAGCAGUUUCAAGUCCAGUUCGGCACCCAACUAUGGAACAGACUAUUCUUCCAGGCUCCGUUCGCAGACUGGAGACUUCUACGCCCUCACAGACAGCAAGACACCAAACAAAGACAAGAGCGAUGACGAAAUGGGUUUAACAAACAGUUUCCAGUCAGAUGGGCAUCAGCCUCGGGUGAGCACAGGCGAUAGUACAGCUCCCGAAGAAAACCACAAUGGCAUCAUGGUAAAACAUGAAAUAAAUUGGAGUUCCACAGCGGCAUUACAUCCCCAAUAA